AUGGCGUCGGCCUUGAACAAGCGCCAGCAAGCGCGUAAUGAGCGUACGUUACAGGAACUCAUCAAGACAGUUCCCGGCAAUGGAACUUGCGCAGACUGUGGUGCGCGGAAUCCAGGAUGGGCGAGCUGGAGCCUGGGCAUCUUCCUGUGCAUGCGAUGCGCAGCCCUGCAUCGCAAGCUGGGGACGCACAUCUCCAAGGUCAAGUCCUUGAGUAUGGAUAAGUGGGACAAUGCGCAAGUAGACAACAUGAAGCGCAUUGGUAAUGUCGAAUCGAACAAGACGUAUAACCCGCGUAACGUCAAGCCCUCCAUACCCAUCGACAUCGACGAGGUGGACAGUGCUAUGGAAAGAUACAUACGGGCAAAAUAUGAGCAGAGGAUAUACUUGGACGCUUCACGACCGGGCACGCGACAGAACACGGGCAGUACGAGCUCUGAGGACCGACCACCACCCUUACCACCGAAGCCGACUGGUCGCUUUGGAUUUGGGUUGCGAAAGGCGGCAACAUCACCUCGAAAUCUGACUCCUCCGCUAUCACCAGGUCUUAGUGGGUUCAGUCAACAAGAUCAAUCGCCGCCACGGAUCAACAAACCUUCCAGGGUCUUCGGUUCCAACAUACACACUUCGGGCGACGGCAUGGAUUCGAAGCUAGCGCAGCUUCGGGAUAUGGGCUUUCCAGACGAUAAGCGCAAUUCUACGGUACUAAAGGGACUGAACGGAAAUUUGGACCGGGCAGUCGAGGCUUUGAUCAGAUUGGGGGAGCAGGACCCUGGCAGAUCGAGGGGAAGUACACCGACACCAUCAACGCAGCCUACUUCCAAUGGCAUUUCCUUCGACACACCGAGCACCGCACCCGCUACCACAUCAUCUACAAACCCUUUCGAUGCGCUAGAUGCGCCUACUCACGCUCCCCAGCAGCAACCACAGCUCGCUCCGCUCCAGACCCAGCAAACAUCCUAUGGAGGGCCGACGCCACAGCAAGCCUAUCCGUCAAGCUCCUACAACCCAUUUUUACAACAAGCGUCUCAAGGAUAUGUUCAGCAACAGGCCCCUCAGCAACAACCGCAGCAGCAACAGAACUUCGGCUAUCAACAAAACCCAUGGGAUCAACAGCAGCAAAAUCUCGAACAAUCUUUCCAGGGUAUGCAAAUCUCGAAUCAACAGCCUCAGCAACCUCAGCAACCCCUAUUCCCAAACCGAACUGGAGGCUACGGUGAAUCGCAACCGUCAUCAUUCCCUCAAACAAACCCCUACAACCAGUCGUUUACUCCACCGCCGAUGCCGCAGAUACCCGAGCAAUACAGUUCUUUCUUCGCUCCGCAACAGCCGCAGUACCAAUCUAUGUCCAAUCCCUCAAGUCCCGGAAAUCCCUUCCUGAGAUCGUCCAAAAGCCAAAUGUUUACACCGACCAAUCUUGCGAGCUCAAAUCCAUUCGGACAGUCAACAUUGCAACAGCAACAGCCAUCUCAGCCGCAGUCCGCUACUCCACAACAGCAGAUGCCUAAUCCUUGGUCGCAACAGCAACAACAAUUCCAGCAGCAGCAACUGCAGCAGUCAUCUCAACCGCAGUCAGCUCCUCCACAGCAGCAAAUGCCUAACCCUUGGUCACAGCAGCAGCAACAACAACAGCAACAGUAUAACCAGGUUUCAACUCCCCAGACGGCGAACCCCUGGCAGACGCAACAAACAAGCUAUCAACCCCAGGAUCCACAUCAAACCUACCAGACUCAACAGCAGAGUUUCCAGACCCAACAGCAGUUGUACCAACAACAAAGCUCUAACCCCUUUGACAAGAAUGCUUCAAUUCUCUCGCUAUACAAUCAGCCUCAGCAAGCUCCUCAGCAAACGCCACAACAGCAAGCUCAACCGACAGCUGUGCAAGCUUCAACUCCUGCUGCGCAAGCACCUGGACGCUCAAACCCGUUUGGUGGUAUGUCCGGUGCACCACAAGGACAAGCACUAUCCGCUGCACAAACACCUGGUGUAAGGCAUGUUAGCAACGAGAGUGUGGACUUUUCGGGAUUGAUGGGUGGUCGACAUUCACCCGACGCUUUCUCGGGCUUGAGUGCGACCUUCAGGCGGUAG